AUGUCAUCAACUACUGUCGCUAAUGGUAGAAAGAGAUUAAGUCAAGGUUUGACUGUAACACAAAAAGUCUUCGUUACAUCUAGAAAUGGUAACGCUACAAAAAUUGUUAGAGAACAUUAUCUUAGAAAUGAUAUUCCAUGUCUAUCAAAAGCCUGUGAUAAAUGUUCUAAAUUAGUUGUUCCGGAUGCAAGCAAUAAAUUACCAGUUUUCAUUUUAUCUGAAUCACCACAGGAUCUUAAAGCAGAUAAUAUCGGUAAGCAUUAUAUCGUCUUAGAUACCAACAUUAUUUUACAAUCUAUUGAUUUAUUAGAAAAUGAAAGUUGUUUUUUCGAUGUGAUUGUUCCGCAGAUUGUACUAGAUGAAGUCAGAAAUAAAUCGUACCCAAUUUAUACAAGAUUAAGAACUUUAUGUAGAGAUUCAGAAAAUAAUAGUACUAAAAGAUUUAUUGUAUUCCAUAAUGAGUUUAAUGAAAAUACGUUCAUCGAAAGAAUUGACGAUGAAUCCAUCAAUGAUAGAAAUGAUAGAGCCAUCAGAAAGACUAGUUCUUGGUAUGCUAAACAUUUAAAAGAAUAUGGGAUUAAUAUCGUCUUAUUAUCCAAUGAUAGAUUAAAUAGAGAAAAAUCAAAAUUGGAAACUUCCACAGAUGAUGAGGAUAAUACAUAUAUUACAAAAUCAUUAAUGCAAUAUAUCGAUUUAUUACCAAACGCUGACCUAAUUAAAGAUUUAGUACCUAAUUUUGAUACUUUUAAUACUACGGCUGCAAAAGGUGAAACUUUAUUAGCAAAAGAAUUUACUUUCGAAGAUUAUUAUUCAACAUCAAGAAUUAUGGGUGGUUUGAAAAAUGGGUCUCUAUUCCAAGGUAAUAUUCAAAUUUCGGAAUUUAAUUUCUUGGAAGGUUCUAUCAACUUACCAAACUUCAAAAAACCAGUUUUAAUCGUGGGUUCUAAAAACUUAAACAGAGCUUUUAACAGUGAUCAAGUUGUUGUAGAGUUAUUGCCAGAAUCGCAAUGGAAAGCACCAUCGUCAAUUGUUCUUGAUGCAGAACAUUACGAUGUUAACGAUAAUCCAGAUAAUGACGAUGAAGAAGAUGAUGGCAUACUUAACCCAAAUAAGAAUCAAGACGCCCAAAAUAUGUUAUCAGAUAAACAACGUCGUCUAUUGGCUCAAGAUGCCAUAUUGGCCCAAAAAUCAAAUAAAAAUCAUCCAACUGCCAAAGUUGUCGCUAUAACUAGAAGAUCAUGGAGACAAUAUGUUGGUCAAAUUGCUCCAAAUUCUGUAGACAAACAAGUAGGUGGUACUCAAAAUGUCUUUGUCAUUUUAAUGGAUAAAUGUUUACCUAAGAUAAGAAUCAGAACAAGAAGAGCGAAUGAAUUAUUAAAUAAGAGAAUUGUUAUUUCUGUCGAUUCGUGGCCAGCUGACCAUAAAUACCCGUUAGGUCAUUUUGUAAGAGAUUUAGGUGAUGUUGAAUCUUCUGAAGCUGAAACUGAAGCUUUAUUAUUAGAACAUGACGUUGAAUAUAGACCAUUCUCAAGGAAGGUUCUGGACUGCUUACCUGAAGAAGGUCAUAAUUGGAAAGCCCCUACCAAUAUUAAUGAUCCACAAGAACAAGCAAAGGAUCCAUUAUUAAAAAAUAGACAAGAUUUAAGAGAUAAGCUAAUUUGUAGUAUCGAUCCUCCAGGGUGUGUCGAUAUUGAUGAUGCCCUACAUGCUAAAAGAUUACCUAAUGGUAAUUGGGAAGUUGGUGUUCACAUCGCCGAUGUUACUCAUUUCGUCAAGCCAGGUACUGCAUUGGAUGCUGAAGGUGCCUCUAGAGGUACAUCGGUCUACUUGGUUGACAAACGUAUAGAUAUGUUACCAAUGUUAUUGGGUACUGAUUUAUGUUCGUUAAAGCCGUAUGUGGAUAGAUUCGCAUUCUCAGUUAUCUGGGAAUUGGAUGAUAAUGCUGAAAUAAUUGACGUUAAAUUUACUAAAUCCGUCAUUAGAUCCAGAGAAGCUUUUUCAUACGAACAAGCCCAACUUAGAAUUGACGAUAAAAACCAAACCGAUGAACUAACAAAAGGCAUGAGAGCAUUAUUAGAACUAUCAGUGAAAUUGAAGCAAAAGAGAUUAGAUGCUGGUGCAUUAAAUUUGGCUUCUCCUGAAGUUAAAGUACAUAUGGACAGUGAAACUUCUGAUCCAAAUGAAGUUGAAAUUAAGAAAUUGUUAGCCACUAAUUCUUUAGUCGAAGAAUUCAUGUUGUUAGCCAAUAUUUCUGUAGCUAGAAAAAUUUUUGAUGCUUUCCCACAGACUGCUAUGUUGAGAAGACAUGCUUCUCCACCAUCUACUAAUUUUGCAAUUCUAAACGAAAUGCUACAGAAAAGAAAGAACUUAUCUAUUUCGCUUGAAUCAUCUAAAGCCUUAGCGGACUCCUUAGACCGAUGUAUAGACCCUAAAGAUCCAUACUUUAACACCUUGAUUCGUAUCAUGUCUACUCGUUGUAUGAUGGCAGCUCAAUAUUUUUACUCAGGAGCCUACCAAUAUUCAGAUUUUCGUCAUUACGGUCUAGCUGUUGACAUUUAUACACAUUUUACAUCUCCAAUUAGACGUUUUUGUGAUGUCAUUGCCCAUAGACAACUAGCAGGUGCAAUUGGGUAUGAACCUUUGGCAUUAAUGCAUAGAGAUAAAAAUAAAAUGGAAAUGAUUUGUAAAAAUAUUAACAAAAAACAUAGAAAUGCCCAAUUUGCUGGUAGAGCAAGUAUUGAAUACUAUGUUGGACAAGUUAUGAGAAAUAAUGAAUGUACUGAGACUGGUUAUGUCAUUAAAGUUUUAAACAAUGGUAUCGUAGUUCUAGUUCCAAAAUUUGGUGUUGAAGGUUUAAUCAGAAUAGAAAAUUUAACAUCUGACCCAAGCUCAUCAGCUUAUGAUGAAAUUGAAUUUAAAUUAUCCUUUAUGCACGGUGAAUCAAAUCAGACAAGAGAUAUUUACGUAUUUGACAAGGUAGAAGUUCAAGUUAGAUCCGUUGUAGAUCCUGUAACAGGAAAGCGUAAAGCUGAAUUAUUAUUAAAAUAA